AUGCCGAAUCCAUUGCGAUGGAACAACGAUGACGACGACGACGACGAAGACGAGUACACACACAUGGCGAAUCCAUCACGCAACAGCGAGGAGCCGAGGAUGUGUGUGUAUGAGGCAAAUUUUGACGUGGAACACGUACGUGACGCGAUAUGUCACGCAAUGCAAAAUUUACACGUACGUGAUCACGUUAUGCUACUAUGA